AUUGGCCACAGUAAAGUCUGGAGAACAUUAGGAAAAGAACGCCUCACAUAAAAUGACAUAGUAUUUUAAAUACAUUUGUUGGAAUUGUGAAUCGCUUUCAGUCUAGCUACCAAUACAAUGGCAUCAGAACAUGAUACAGCAGUUCUUUGGACAAUCUUUAAUCCUACAAGCCCUUUUGGAGAUAUUGCUGGUUUAAAUCAAGAGGAAGAACUUGCAGACGAUGACUCUGCCUUUGACCCUAAUCUGCUAAAGCAGGUGAAGAAUUUGGAGCUGCAGGGAGUUUCUGCUGCUGAAUCUGGGGAUUUAAAGACAGCCUUGAGUCAUUUUAACCAAGCCAUCCAAAUACUUCCCAUGAGAGCUUCAGCCUACAAUAAUCGUGCUCAGGCCAAGCGUCUACAGGGAGAUACUGACAGUGCAAUCGCAGACUUGGAAAAGGCCAUUUCACUGAGCAGGGGCACAGGCCGCACAGCCUGCCAGGCUCUUGUUCAGCGUGGCCUAUUGCUCAGACUGACACAAAGGGAUGAUGAGGCAAGGGCUGACUUUGAGCGGGCAGCAGCCUUGGGAAGCACGUUUGCUAGACAACAAGCUGUAAGUCUAAAUCCUUAUGCAGCUCUGUGCAACCGUAUGCUUUCAGAGGUCAUCAGCAACCUACGCAACCCAAGGGUGCCAGAGCCGCAAUAGAGAUGAAGUGACGGAAGUGUACAUUAUAUACAUUCAUAAAUGCUGCAGGCAAAUCUGGAUUUAAAUGUAUGCAUAGUUUGUACAGAUGUAUGCAUAUUUUGUAAGAGAUGGAAUAAAGAUCGUUUUUUUAAUCAGGA